AUGUCUGGAUUUGUGAUUUAUAUUAAUUUGGAAGACGUUUCUCCUUUAACUUUUUUCAUGUGUUUUAUGACGCAUUUUCUAGGCUAAAGAAGAUGCUGAGUUGGAUGGGCCUUCUUCUUCCGUGCAAGAUCGUGAUCAAGCGCAUAACUCUAGGGCCUGCCCUUACCUCGAUACUAUAGAUAGGAAAGUUCUGGAUUUUGAUUUUGAGAAACUUUGCUCAGUAUCAUUAUCACAUCUCAAUGUAUACGCAUGUAUGGUCUGUGGGAAAUACUUUCAGGGCCGUGGCACUAAUACGCAUGCUUACACGCACUCUCUGGAUACUGAUCACCGGGUUUUCCUCAAUCUUCACACUCUCAAGUUUUACUGCCUGCCUGAUAACUAUGAAGUUGAUGAUCCAUCUUUAGAGGAUAUCAAGGUCUUUAGCCUUUUUCCAUCUUUGUCUUUUCUAAACAACUCAUCACUAAUGUAG